AUGAACAACCACGGCAUUCGAGUAUGUGAUUCCUGUGGUCUUCCUCCUCGCGAUAAUAAGAAGCUUCGCUCUUGUUCAAGGUGCAAAAGUACAUGGUAUCACGAUCUAGAAUGCCAGAAACGUCACUAUCCAACCCACAAGAAAACCUGUCGCAGUCCUGUUCUUGUUUCAAAGCCGAAGGAACCAAAGCCUCAAUCGUCAAAGUUCGUCACAGAAAAUCGUACCGGGAGAGGGAAUUGCCUUGUGGCUUCAUCGUUGAUUGAAAAAGGAGAACGGAUACACGUUAAUACUAGAAGCAAUGAGUCUUGGGAACCCUUGGUUUUGCCAGUGUUGCGUUCGGACAACAGGAGGACACGCUGCGCCUACUGCUUCAAAUCACUGGACAAUAGUAACUUUUUUCGAUAUGACCAAGUCCAACCGAGACAGCAGUAUUUUCUAUUAUUCUGCUCUUCUCACUGUCGCAAUGCUGGCCGAGACAAGUUUCUGCUUCAAGAAGAAGAACGUGCGAUUGGCCGCUUGUAUAAUAAUGCACAGCAUGGUGGUCCACCCAAGAUACUUCCAACAGCCGUCUUGGUCUAUCGGCUCAUAGUUGCAACCCAAUUCCAUAGGAGUAAGCGCAAACUCAUUGAAUCUGAAAUUGACAAAUUGCAACACGAAUUUGCAGACACGACAAUUGAUACUAAAUUGACAAACAGUGACCACCACACUCAAGCUGUCAUUACCACUGUUGUGGCAAUGAUACAAGAAUCAAGUAGCAAUGACGACUAUAAUCUUGCACUACCAGCAAUAGAGGAGAUGAAGAGAAUGGUGAACCGAAUCAAAUUGAAUGGAUUUAGCAUUUGUGAUGGAGAAUCUGUUGCCAUGGGUAUUGGCCUGUUUGGAACACCCAGUUUCAUGAAUCAUUCUUGCAAACCAAAUGCAGUUCAGACCUUUGUGUAUGGUCGUCAAGGUGAGCCUCCAAGUCUUUUGGUCACUGCCUUUGAAAAUAUAACGAACGGAGAAGAGAUCUGCAUCUCUUAUAUUGACAACUUGGCCCCCAAGCAAAUACGUCGCCAUCGACUCAAGCAAGAUUACUUUUUCGACUGCUGCUGCAUCGCAUGCGAAGAUCAACUCUACAAUACUGGAAUUAUCGGUUUGAAAUGUGGUAAUUGUGAUGCAACGUCUCCCAAAAUGAUUAUGGAAACCUCUCAGGCACCAGGUCAACAGAUUCUGAAGUGUCAAGAGUGCGACGAUAAAGAUCCUCAUGACGGAUUUCCUAUUCUAGAAACGAUGGAACUUGUAUCAACCAUUGAUAAUAUGAUGAAAUUCUACAACAAACUCAAACAAAGCUAUUCAAGCGAAUCCUGGUAUGUUCAAAACUGCGGUGACCAACUUGUCCAAAUGCUACUGGACUUGUUGGGCAGUCAAGCAGAUGAUGAUCAACAGCAGCGUUCGACCACUUCGAGAGUCCUAAAAUUAUUGAACGAAUUGAAUACAAGCCACGAACCAAAGGCAGCCCACAUCGUUUGGAGUGGUUCUUUUCGCCAUUUCAUUCGACAGUAUAAGGCUGCCAAGCUUGGGUUGUUCCUACAUUCCGAUCCACGUGAGGCAAUAUCCGAGUUGCAGAGAGUGCGAAAAUCACUAUCACCAUAUUUUACAGAAGAUCAUGAACUGAUUCAGGGAAUUGACGAUUGUAUGCGCAGUGGCAUAGGUUGA